AAUUCUGUCUGCGCUCUUAACAACUGAUGACUCAGAAGCUUGCUCAGAAGAGUGAAAAAAUGUUGAGUCUAGUGAAAAUGAAAGUUCUUCUCGGAUUGUUUGUUCUUCUGCUCUUUCAAUUUGCUCAUGCAAAUGGAGAAGAGUUGUGUCUGUGCUGCGGAGCCAACAUCUUGAAGCAGAGCAUGGAAAACUGUAGUUUGCCAGUGGUCUCAAUAUCUGCGGAUGAUUUGGUGAUGCUUAAGAAACUUUGCAAGAAAGUUCAGGAGAAAACAGAGGAAGAGAGAAACAACUACUAUCCUUACUAUCAAUAUGAUUAUGAUUGUAGCAGACCGUACACUUCGCUUUCCUACUUAACAGUCGAAGGAUGGAAAGUUUCAACGGAUUCGUCUUUUUAUUUUGAGAAUUGCGAGGAAGAUCUUGAUAACAUCGCAGAAACGCUUUUCUGGGUUACGAAUGUUAACGAAACAACAUCUUACACUAGAACUAGACAGUUUCUCGGACGCAAGAUUAUGCAGACAGGAACGAGUGAGAUCAUUUCUCAGCUGGGAAAAUACGGAAUUGUCCAUGAAUACAAUUCAUGUGAAAUAUUCACUCCUUUCCAACUCGAUGGAGUGCCGGACAUCAGUUCCUUUCCUGGCUACUAUCAACACUUGAUCAGAAGAAUUCCUUUGUCCUACGAAGUAACAGAAUCCAAAAUCACCCGCAAGAACAGCAAAGAAAUGCGAGAAGAACAUAUUGGAGAUUUCACCUACUACAACCCCUCAAGCUAUGCACAGAAGUUCUCCGUUGAGUUGGACUUCGUCAGUGAGGUGGCUUUUGAAAGUGACGAGUAUCUCGUUCCAGACAUUCCUCUGCUGUACAGAAGUUCCAACGGAACAACGUUUCUAAGAACAGGAGAUUUCCUGACGCAGAAGGAAAGCUACAGCAUCACUUUCAACGUUACAGUCCUGCCUGGACGGACAAUUACUGCUAGAGUUGUGGGUGUUUGGAUAAGAGAAGACACUUUUCUCACAGCAACUUUGAACACAACUUACAUGAAACUGGGCAAUUUUGCGCAGUAUGAGACGAAGAAUAACGUCACUGGAAAGAAAAUCUUUAUCAGCCUCGGAAGGUUCUUCUUACAAGACGUCCACGAAUACCAGUCGAAUGAAGUGUUUGUUAUAACUUACUCAGCAGUCAGUGGCAUUCUGUUCGGUGUGGCAUUCCUCUUGUGUCUUGUUCUGCUGUUCUACUGUGUCAGACAAUGCAGGAAGUGCUGCAAGAAGAGUCCGCCCGCCCAAGGAUACACACCGCUGAACACAUGAAAUCCCUAUCAUUGUCCCUUCAAAUUAGAAAGUGUGAAAAUGACAAACAUAACGUGAUAAGACACUGCGUAAAAAGUAGAUUUGUUAUCCCUUU